UUCUUUUUUGGGGUUUUUUUUUUCAUCUAGGAACUCGUGUAUUUUGAUUUUGGUGAUUUGACUGUUGGAAAAUGGCACCACAAACUGGGUAUUUGAAAGAACAUGAAGGGAUUGUUCCCAACUCCCUUGGCCAGUUAUCAUCCUCCCCUACUCGACUGUGGAGUGCUGCCUUUGGGCUAGGUUCCCACUCAAUUUUUGGGGAUUUUGGUCAGGUGAAGGAACAACUUGACAGUAAUGGGAAGGAAUUUGCUGCAACUAAACAAGCUGCUCAUGGUUUGGAAAAACUGAACACUGCUCCAUUUUCCAUCUAUCCAGGUGACACUAAGAAUUCUGUGGAUGCACAAAAACCUUCACCAGUUUUUUCCCUGCAAUCACCUCUGUCAGAAUAUCACAACCCUUUCGAGCUCGGAUUCAGCCAGCCCCUGACAUGUGAAAAUUAUCCUUACAUGGAACAGCAUUAUGGCAUCAUCUCAGCUUAUGGACCUCAAAUACCAGGUCGGGUUAUGCUGCCAAUGAGAUUAACAACAGAUGAUGAACCAAUUUAUGUGAAUGCAAAGCAAUAUCAUGGAAUCAUUAGGCGCAGGCAGAUCCGUGCCAAGGCAAUGAUGAAGAAUCGACCUGCAAGAACUCGAAAGCCAUAUAUACAUGAAUCGCGUCAUCUCCACGCAAUGCGCCGUCCACGGGGAUCCGGUGGCCGUUUCCUGAACAUGAAGAAUCAGCCAAAUGAGAAGAGUUCUAUGGUACCAAAGAAAGUUGAUGAUGUCAAUCUUUCUGAUUUAACUGGUUCUCAAUGUUCUGAGGUUCUGCAAUCAGAAAGUGGAACUUUGAACUCCCAAAAUGAAGCCAAGGAUGGGAGGGGCUUUAAUCUGUUGAGUUCUGAGGUAUCGAGCAUGUUCUCGAGAGGACUGCAACGUUUUCAAAUCAACCAUAUUGGACCAUCAAUGCAGUCACUGGCAGAGAUCAUUGAUGGAGGAGGGCAUGGCAUGGUUCUCCCCAAAUGGGUUGCAGCAGCUGAUAACUGCUGUGACCUUUGUUUUUGA